AUGUGCAUGACUGAAGCAACUGCAUCUCUGCUCCAAGUGGAAGAAACCUUCUCAGCAUGCCUGGCACGGAUAGAUGCCCUCAUCCUCAAGCCUCUGCUCCAGGCAGAGCCUAGUGACCAGAAGGGAAAGGAGAACUUCAAGCUCUUCUUCCUCCUGAAUGACCGAUUUCAAGCUCUCUGGAACCUCACAGAAGAAAAUUACCGGAUACUGAAACAAAAAUGCAGCAACUCUGAAUCAUUCUGCAUCCAGGACAUUUACACUGUCUGGAAAGGAGACCUGUUUCUAAGCCUCUAUAUCCAAUAUUUUGUCACUUUUGCCAACUACGUUGUAGUUCACGGCUUCGAACAUGCCACAAAAAGCAAAAGUGAAGCCUGGAAGCAUCAUAAGACAGUGCUGAAACAAUUCCUCACAGACUUCACUUCUGAGACCUCCAUGUCACUGGCCUUAUACACUGUUCUUCACAAACCUAUCCGGGAUCACAUCGAGCAAUAUAUACUGCUCCUUACCAAGCUGAAUGAGGUUCUCAAGGAGGGCUCUGAAAAGGACGUGGUUACCAGUGCCAUCAAGGAAUAUGUGAAGCUGGAGUCUUUCAUCAGCCAAGUCCUGGAUGAAGCUUGUUUUACCAAAUCCUUAUGGAAAUCCUUGGGCUACAAAUUCACAGACAUGCUCUGCGUACCUGAAAGGAGGCUGCUGGAAGAUAGCAAAAAUCUUCCCAUCUCUGCCAGCACGAAUCGAUCAGACCGGAUCUUGCUCUUCGAUGAUGUCCUUGUGCUAAUUCAGGGAAACGGCUUUCAGAGUUUUGAUCUGAAGCUUGUGUGGGUAGAUGAAAACUGCAGGGAGAAAUCAGCUCCAGGACUGUAUGGACUCCGCAUUAUAACCCCAGAAGAAAUGUUCUUUCUCUCUGCCAAAGACCCGCAGAUGAAGGCUGUUUGGCAGUGGAAGCUGAACCAGGCUGUCCGCCAGGCGCUGAAUGGGAAACGAGAUUUCCCAUUGUGGGGCAAGACUGGUGAAGGCACCGACCCCCCAUCCUGCCGCAUCUUCACCUACGUCUUCAGGCUGGAGGGCAAGUUCAAGAACGCAUCCUACGAGGGCGAGUGGCACUUGGGAAAGCCGCAUGGCAAGGGGACACUGAAGUGGUGCAAUGGACGCAACCAUGUUGGAGAUUUCAAAGAGGGCUUGGAGCAUGGGUUUGGAAUAUGCCUUGUCCCAUGCCAAUCUGAAGACCGGUAUGACUGCUAUAAGUGUCACUGGUACGAGGGCAAGAUGAGAGGCUACGGAAUCUGUGAGUAUGGGAAUGAUAUGGUCUACAAAGGUUACUUCAAAGACAAUGUGCGUCAAGGGUUUGGGAUACUGGAGAAUCUCUCAGCUGAGCAUCCAUUUAAAUACACAGGACAGUGGGAAAAUGACAAGAAGAAUGGAUAUGGAGUCUGGGAAGACAAAGAUAGAGGGGAGAGAUACAUAGGGACAUGGCUUGAUGAUCACAAACAUGGACAAGGCAUUGUAGUAACCCAGUCGGGUGUCUGCUAUCAAAGAACAUUUCAUGCUGAUAAAAUGGUGGGUUCUGGGAUUCUGCUCUUGGAAGAUGACUCUGUCUACGAAGGGAAUUUCACAGAAGAUCUAAUGUUUGUUGGAAAGGGAAAGCUGUCAUUUGCCAAUGGCUUCACUUUGGAGGGAACCUUUACUAACAAAUCGGGCCAAGGCCUUCAGACGCAUGGCAUCCUGAACACAUCGAACGAGCAGCUGGAUGACAGGAUAACCAAAGCUCAGCUGGGCCUCAAGGAGUUCCCAGUAGAGAAGAGAUGGAAGGGAAUCUAUGACCAGUUCCUGGAGUUCAUCCAUUCUGGCUGCAAAGAAGAAACGGAGGAGUCUUUCACGGGGUUCCACAUACAAACGAGCAAGGAGCUGCGGAAAUCUCAGGAGUACCUCUUCUGCCAAAGGGGGACUGAGGAUGUAUCCUGGAAGAUAGAAGAUAUUCUUGAGGAGCUUGUCCAGCACCAGGGGCUGGAGUCACAACAGAGUUAUUUAGAGAAGGCAUUGAAGUCUUCCCUGCACCCACUGGGAAAGCUGCUGAAGGCCUUGAUGAUAGCUUUUCAGGCAACGUAUUCUGGGAUUGGGGCCAACAGACACUUGCUGACUAUGGCACAAGAGGAAGUCAAGUACUAUGCAAAGAAAAUAUGGGAGUUUUACCAGGGUUUGCUCCAUCUGGCACUGGAACAGAAAGGCCAACUGCCUGCGAAGGGUGUGGAUGGAGAUACAAGUGACCAGAAGGCAUGCAGUGUGGUCCUGCCGCUGAUCUUGCCUUGCUUCUACCCUGAGCUUUUCAUGCUCUACAUGCUCUAUCAUGAAAGAGAGGAUGAACUCUACUGCCAAGGGAUCAUGGACCUAAGUCUAUUUCCUGACAUCAAGCUGCUUGAGUUUCUGGAUGUGCAGAAACACCUCUGGCCUCUGAAAGAUUUGACCCUGACAACUAACCAGAGGCGGUCCCUUAUCAAAGACAAGUGUUUCCUGUCUGCCACAGAGUGUUUGCAGAAGCUGAUCACCACGGUGGAUCCCUGGGAAAAGCUGGUGAUCCUCCAGAAGACAUAUGAGGAGAUAGAGAGCACAGUGUCCCGGGUGGUGGAGAAGGACUACAGGCUCCCCAUGGAUGACCUGUUGCCGCUACUGAUGUAUGUUGUAUCCCGAGCAAAAAUACAGCACCUGGGAGCUGAAAUCCAUCUGAUCAGAGACUUGAUGGACCCCGCCAAUAAAGGAGGACUGUACGACUUUCUGUUAACAGCACUGGAGUCAUGCUACGAACACAUCCAGAGGAUGAGGCUGCACCAAAGAGAGAACUACCACGUGCCUCACAGCUCCUGAGCCCAAGGACCCGAAGGGAGCCUCCUCCCUGCUGCACUUUCUCGACCAAACACUGUUGGAUGAAGAAGCAAUCAAGCUGCCCUGGCUGCCUUUAAAAGAAGAUGAACCGUUAUUUAUCAGAUGAGGGUUUCUUGCUGGGUUUCUCUUGGACUCGCUGUGAUGGUAAAGCACAGACAUGGAUGCUGUGGGCUAAAAGCCUUCAAUAAGCAACCUCAGCUUGUGUU